UUCACAAUGACUACAGCCCAUCGACCCACGUUCGAUCCCGCACGCGGCAAAGAAGCUGCGCGCGGUGUAGCCUAUCACCAACGUCUUCUUCCAGCACAUACAGUUCUCAAACACAGACAACCUGGCCAGGGCGGAGAUGCAGACGCAUCCAGGCGUGAUCUCCGCGCAGAACUUUUGGAGGCCGAAGCUCGUCACUUCGCGAAGAAGAACGGCACCUACAUUGAAGACGACUCAGCCACCGAUGCCCACCCUACUACCAAGCGAGCGCUCGAUGAUGUAUCAACUGCCGAUGCAGAGGAGGGAGACGAAUCAGAUCAAAAGAGACGGCGGAUCGAAAUACUAGAGAAAUACAGAGACGAGGACGCUGAUGACAGUAGUGGAAGUAGUAGCGAUGACAGUGACGAUGACGACGAAGACGAUGAGGAUGAAACUGUGGCACUCAUGCGCGAGCUAGAGAAGAUCAAGAAAGAGCGAGCUGAAGCCAAAGCUAAAGAGGAAGCUGAACGUGCUGCUCAAGAAGAUGAGCAACGUGAAGUUGAAAUUGCUCAUGGAAAUCCUCUCUUGAAUCCACGCGACUUCGCCAUGAAGCGCCGUUGGGAUGAUGACGUUGUUUUCAAGAAUCAGGCGCGCGGCACUGACGAUAAGAAUAAGAAGAAGGAGUUUAUCAACGAUAUGCUUCGCUCGGAUUUCCAUAAAAAAUUCAUGUCCAAAUAUGUCCGAUGA